AUGACAUUCUCGAUUACCGAGUACUUUGGGGACCUUUCCCUUCUCCCACACGCUCUUUUGUUCCUGCAUCUUCUGGGAUCCGUGCUUCCGACCAAGUACCAGAAGCAGGCCCAGAUCUCGUUCCACGCAAUCUACGCCGCUUUCUUGCUGAUCAGCCCCAAUUGUCUUUAUGGACCCAAAACUGGAAAGGAUUUGGAUGCGGUUCAUGCGUUCUUGGCCAGAUUUAUCGGCGCUUAUCAGGUCAGUGUUCAACCCCAUUUUUCUCGUUUUUUUCAUUUUGAGCUGAACUCUUUUAAGAAGGAAAUUAACCCCUUUCCGUUGCAAUUUACAUGCUGAAAUUUUUAAGCCGCGUUUUGCAGAUACUGGCGAGAUUUUGAGGUCGAAAGAAUCUCCAAAAAUGGUCAUUUUUUUGCAAAAUUUCGACCAUGAUUUCAAGACGAUACCUUAAAAGUUCCGCUUAAAAUUUUAGCAUUUGCUUUACAAUGCCAUGAUCUUAAUUUUUGCCAAGUUUUAUAGAGAUUUGAGGCUUAAAUUUUGAAAAAUUUCACCUUGAAAAGAUUAAGCCAAAAGAUGACUAAAAAUUUCAAAGCCCAAAAGUUAAACUAUAAUAUGAUAUUUUUAUGGUCUAAAGUAUUCAUCGAAAAAAUGAGUUAAUGUAUGAGGACCAAUCAAAAAAGCUUUGCUCAUUUCAACCAUCAUUUUCAGUUCGGCUUCUUUGUUUUCCACUUCCUCAGCCGUCGUGAUAGCUUCCGCCCCGAAGCGGCCGUUGCCCUUUCCAAGGCUCUCACCGCUGGCCUCGUAUUUUUCCUCGAACUCCGAUCGGCUCAACGUCCCAAUGUAGAGCGUGGCCUUCACUUGGAUUCCUCCAGUUUCGUCUACGCUUUGAUUCUGAUCGAUUUUACCUACUUUUUGAUCGAGUCCGUCAAGUACGUCAAGCUGGUCAAUCAAACUUCCGCAACUGAUGAGAUCGACAUCAUGUGCAAGAAGACUCAACAGGCUAUCCAGAAUGCCGGAGCUUUCUCCAUUCAGCAUUACUUCUGGGCCGAUGCCGUUGUUUCUUUUCUGUACGCGGUGGCUUCCAUCGGAAGCAGCGAGUAUUUGUACGAAAAUGUGGUAAGGAGAAUAAAACUGGUUGUAAGAUUAAAAUCAACUGAUUUUAGAUCAAGCAGGAGAUCAAACUCGACAGUUUACAUCGUAUUUUGACCCAUGAAUUCGGAUACUACGCUCUUGGCGCCGGAAUUACUUCGCUGCUGGCCUUCCAAUUCUCGCCAGUACAGCAGAAACAUUAUGCUUUCCAGAGACUUGUGGUAAGUUUGAGAUAGAAAAAUUGAGUUUUUGAAGUACUAUGUGGAAAUUUGCAGAGUUUAACAUAGAAGCUUAGAGUUCUGGAGACGAUUUUUUAAUAGGUAUUGCAAAAGAUUAACCAACAAAAAAUUGACAUUUUGUCAAAAAAAUCAAUCAUUUUUUUGAGGGAUAUGUGUCAAAUUAAAAUCUUAUUCUUCAAUUUAGAUUUGCAGAACAUUUUUGGCAAUGAAAUUCGACAAAAAACCCUAAAAAUUAUAAAUUUUCUAUUCAAAAUCAUCAAUUUUCAGACCCACGCCAUUACCAUCGCAAUUCAUGCCUCCGGCUACUUCCAUUUCUACUAUCACGCCGUCUUCUCCCCGCUGAUCAUCGCCCUGCUCACCGUUUAUCCCAUCGUCAUCGUCACCGACAAGAUCAAGCGGCAGGAAGUGGCCGCGGAUGACGAUAAAAAUGGUACACUUAAGACUUUACGUAAAGGCGUCAAAUCCAACUAACCAAGACAGGUAUUUGAUGCUUUGAUCAUGGGGAAAUAAAAACAAAGGGGAUCGGAAUUUUACCUAGAGGUUUCGAAAAGUUUUUUUGGGGAAAAAAGUUUUGUGUUUUGUUAGUAGGGGUUCAGAGAAUUGAAAUUUAGGCAAAAGGAAGCUGUUAGAAACCGCUGAAAUUGAUGGAUAUAGGUGUCUGUUGGUGCUUAAGGACACUUAGGGCAUGCCUUACUAAAAAGUACGGCAAGAUGGGACCAAAAACUACAUUUUUAUUCAAAAUGGUCCUCCCUUACCAUAACUCAAUUUUUUUUUGAAUUUUCUCACGCCGUACCGGUCCCAGAUCACCUUAACAGUCGUUUAAUAUAACCCGAAUCUUCUACUAUCCAUUUCUUUCCAGAUAUUUCAUUGUCAAUACAAUUUUUGUAAUUUUCAUCCAUUUUCAGCGUCCUCCUCCGUCUUCGCUACAGCCCCGGAAACCGAAAUAAAUCUCGACCUAAACCAAGAAAUCGUUGAACAAGAGUUGGAUGAGCAGAUUCAUGAGAUUGUUGGAGAGAAUGACGUCACCGAAGAGAAGGUGGAAAAGGUGGAACUAACAGUUCAAGAGCCUGCCAAAAGUAAAAAAGGGUUGUUUAAAAUUAAAAAAUCAAAAAAAUAAUCGGCGAAUGCUCCCGUAUCUUACUUUCUAUCUCGUUCUACUGCCACCAUGCUUCGUAUUUUAGCCAAUGAAAAAAAUUUUUUGAGCGAAAAGUUUGGAAAAUUCAAUUUUUAAGACGAAAUUUGGAUAAAAAUAUAAGUAAUGUUUGCAUUGGCUAAAAUACGAAAACCCUGUAAUAUCGGUCAUAACUUUUAUCGAAAACGUCAUCUACGUCACAACUCUCAUCCUGUUUCACCUCAUUUCGACUCCCAGUUCAACGAUUCUUCCCUGUUUUUGCCUUUUUUCGCUGAAAGUUUCAAUUUUUUGUAAUUUUAAAAUUUUUUUCUUUACGUUUUUAUAGCCUCAGUAGUCCUCUCUCACCGUAGGCGCCCGUAAAAUGAUGAGUGGAUCGAGCAGACCCAAUUUUUUGGUCUAUCUCCACGACCAACUACCUCAGGAUUGUAUAGCCCCAGCUCUGUUGCUUCGUCUUUGAUAACAGCUUUAAUUUGUACAGGAUUUUAUUUUUUUUCAAUUAUUUUUUGUAUUUUACCGCAGCGGCUGGCCCGCUCUUCCCACCGCCACAGUGUAAUCUCAUCGCAUCGGAACUCAGUAUAACCUCAUGA